GACGCGAGUGGGUCGGGCGGAGCUCCCUUGCCCGGCCAUGGGCGCCCCCUCGCCCGCUUCCUACUCCGCCUGCCUUCUCGGCGGCUUUCUCCUGGCGGCCGCGUUACCUUCCUUAAGAACCGACGCCUGCCCUUCCAUUGCUUGGAUUCCAUUCCAAAAGAGCUGCUAUAUUCUACUUCAGGGAUCCUCAGAGAUCUACGGUAUGGAUGAUGCCAGGGAGCUGUGCCAAGGCAAUGCUUCCGGAGCGGAUGUUAUUACUAUAAAUAGCGAAGAUGAAAAUACCUUUAUUCAAAGUAAUUUUCACUCAAAUUGGCAUGGUCCAGAAUACAUAUCUCUUGGCAUGUUUUUUGACACAGAUGAUGAUAUUUUCAAAUGGUAUGAUGAUUCCAAAGUAAAUUUUACAAACUGGCUAGAGGAAGAAAGUAACAAUGAACUUCUAAACACUUGUGCUACUAUGCAUACAGCUUCAGGUGGAUGGAAAAAAGUCUCCUGUGAACAUCUUCCACUGACUAAGAUCCUGUGUGAAACUACUGUUCUUUAUGAAAAAACACGCUUUUUUGAAACUGCUUGGACAAGCAUCAUAGUCAUAAUAUCAACAAUAACUGUGGCAAUCUCUGCAGCAUUUCUCUGGUUUCUUUAUCAAAGGAGGAUAUCUUCUAGACCAAGUUGUAGCACACAUAAUUCCAUCACUCAAAUUCCAUGUGACAAUGAAACAUUUUUUAUAGAUGACGAUGAAUAUUCUGCUUAAACUGUUUUCAUUUAGAUACUGUUACAGAAAGGGGUCCUGGUACAAAAGCAAUCUUCAAAACAACUAUCCUGUAUUCUAAUGAAAUAUAAGACAAAUGAUGUUUGUUAAAUUGUUUUACAUAUAUGAAGUGAUUUUCUAUCUAAAUGUGCAUUUUUCAACAUGCUUGAUAUCCUUUUAAUAAUAUGUAUAGUUUAGAAAUCAUUCUUAUCCAAAAUGCCCAAAGAUCCUUUGGAAGGAAGCAGCUCCUACCUUCAACAACACUGCUAAACUUAUUCUGGUGAGACAUUUGCCAACAAAUCUCACAGCAUCUUUCAUUUCUUGAAUCCUGAAAUCUUUCAUUUGUUUAUGAAGUUCAGAAUUCCAGUUGUGGGCUAAAAGUCUCUACAAAAACUCUUUUUAUCAUUCCCAAAAUUUUAAAAUGCAAGACUGUAAAUUAUUAUCUUUAAGAUAUGUGGAGCAACUGCAAUCAUGAACAAUGGACAGAACAAUUUAUUAAAACCUGUAGAUUGUAUCUUUA